AUAAAAUGACUUUCUUAAGUGUAUUUCCACGACGUGGGGGAUGUUCCCUGUAACUGAUUGUAUUCUGUUUUUCCGCAGCGGGCCUCGGGGGUCAUGGAUCUGUGCGUGGCCAUCAAAGGGAUCUCCUUCUUCUUGCAAGCGUGCUUGGGCAUCUUGGGGAACGUGGUGGUGCUGCUGGCCUACGCCCACAUCAUCUACAGCGAGCCCAAGCUUCUUCCCGUGGACAUGAUCCUGUGCCACCUGGCCUUCGCCAACCUGAUGCUGGUCCUGUUCCGCUGCGUCCCCCAGACCAUGACCGUGUUCGGCAUGAGGCACCUGCUGAACGACCCCGGCUGUAAGGCGGUGAUCUACGUGUACCGCGUCACCCGGGCCUUGUCGGUCUGCAUCACCUGCAUGCUCAGCGUGUUCCAGGCGGUGACCGUCGCCCCCCCCGGGCCCCGAUUGUCCUGGUUGAAGUCCGCACUUCCCUCCCUGGUGCUCCCCGCCUUUGCGGGACUGUGGCUCCUCAACAUGGCCAUCUGCAUCGCGGCCCCUUUCUUCUCCAUCGCGCCGCGCAACGGCACCGUCCCCGCCUUCACCCUCAACCUGGGCUUCUGCCACGUGGACUUCAGAGACCACCUGUCGUACGUGAUCAACGGAGCGGUGCUCACCGUGAGGGAUUUCGCCUUCGUCGGCCUGAUGGUGGGCUCGAGCGGUUACAUCCUGCUGCUCCUCCACCGCCACAACCGGCAGGUGAGAGGCAGGCGUCGCUCUCAGGGCGCCGGGGCGGAGACCAGGGCGGCCAAAACGGUGCUCACCCUGGUGAUUCUGUACGUGGUCUUCUUCGGAAUCGAUAACGCAAUCUGGAUCUACAUGCUGACGGUGGCGAAGGUGUCGCCCGUGAUUGCCGACAUGAGGGUGUUCUUCUCCGCCUGCUACGCCGCUCUCAGCCCCUACUUAAUCAUUUCCUCCAACAAGAAGGUCAAGGCGAAGAUCGCGUGUGCAGCCGAGCAAGUGCAGCCGUCGGUGGACAAUCAGGCGUCGGGUGACAAGUGA